AUGGUGCUAAAACUUUAUCACUAUCCAUUGAGUUCUCCGUCAAGAGGAGCUUUUAUGUCAAUUAAAGCUGUAGAUGUACCGGUGGAAAUUAUUCAUAUUGAUUUAUUGAAAAAGGAACAAUUCAGUGAGAGUUUUGUAAAAGUUAACCCUCAGCACUGCAUACCGACUAUUGACGACGACGGUUUCGUGUUAUGGGAAAGUAAAGCAAUUGCUUGUUAUUUGGCAGAAAAACAUGAGAGAAAUGAUUUAUAUCCAAUGAAUCUGAAGCAUCGUGCUCUUGUAAAUCAGAGAAUGUAUUAUGAUAGCUCCAUGUUGUACCCCCGUAUAAGGGCGAUAAAUUAUCCCAUUCUAUUUCAAGGUGUUAAAGAAAUUAAGAAGCCGUUAAUAGAUGAUCUAAAUAACCAACUAGGAUUUUUAAACCAGUACCUGAAUGAGAGUAAAUGGGUUGCAGGAGACCAAAUGACGCUUGCUGAUAUAGCAAUUGCUGCAUCAAUAUCAACUCUUGCAGCUAUUGAUUGGGAUUUUACUGACUUUCCCAACAUUAAUAGAUGGUUCAAAACUUGUGAAUCAAUUCCUGGCUUUGCAGAGAACAAGGAGGGUGCUAGGGUAUUUGGGAAUGCUGUAAAAAAGAAUUUGGAGCAAUAA